UCUGAACCGAGCGGCUCUCUGGGCUGAACCGGACCGGUGUGCCGUGAUAUGGACGCGCAUGAGUCCGUGGGGCCGAAGCGGCAGGAGGCGGACCGGCAGCUCCGCGGAUUCGCUGAGCAGAGCUGCCGCCGGUGACGGUGCCGGUGCCGUGAUGCUGGCCGUGCUUUCGUUCGUGUCCUACCCGCUGCUGGCCGUGUUGUCCCUGAUCCGGUCGCUCCUCCGCUGGCUGUGGAGACGGACCGCGGCCGCUGUGAGAUCCGGGCCCCGAGCCACUGCCGCCCCGCCGCUGCCGCUCCACGCCGCCAGGCUCGACAGCGGCCCGGGGCUCGGGAGCGGGAGCCCGGAGCGAGGCGAGCGGGUCAGGAGGCACCACGGCCGGGCCUUCGAGUUCAUCUCUGCGGCGCUGAGGAUCGAUGAGGACGAGCGAGGUGACAAGCAGCAGGCGGUGGGCUGGUACCGGCGAGGGAUCACAGAGCUGGAGAAAGGACUCGCCAUCCAGAUCUCAGGAAGCGGAGAGAAAUGUGAGCGCGACAGACGGCUGCAGAACAAGAUGGCCGCCAACCUGCUCAUGGCCAAAGGCCGGCUGCAGUCUUUAGUCGCGGUGCUCUCAGGAUCCAGGACUCAGACAGACCUCUCCACUGUCAGCACUAACCCCGCCUACCACACUGCCCACCUGUGCUCAGCAGGUGGCGCUGUCUCUAGAAAGAGAGACUGUUUAAAUCCAGGACCAUCCAGCAGACCGAAGCACUUCCCAAAGACAUCCUCCUCCUCGGCGGGCCUCCAUCGCUCACAGCGCCCCCCCGCCCUCAGUCACAGUAAGGGCAGAACAAGUCGUCACAGUGUUAAAGUCAACUCCCCGACAUCGACACCACAGAAGAAGAAAGACACAAAGACCCUGAAGAACGUCGACGGAAAGCUCGCCAACCUCAUCCUCAACGAUAUCGUCGACAGCGGCUCGUCCGUGAGGUUCGGAGACGUUGCCGGGCAGGAUUUGGCGAAGCAGGCGCUGCAGGAGAUCGUCAUCCUGCCGGCGUUGAGGCCGGAGUUGUUUACAGGACUGCGUACUCCGGCCAGAGGACUUCUUCUGUUCGGUCCGCCCGGCAACGGCAAGACGAUGCUGGCUAAAGCUGUGGCAGCUGAGUCCAACGCCACCUUCUUCAACAUCAGCGCCGCCAGUUUAACCUCCAAAUACGUGGGUGAGGGGGAGAAACUGGUCCGAGCUCUGUUCUCUGUGGCCAGAGAGCUGCAGCCCUCCAUCAUCUUCAUCGAUGAAGUGGACAGUCUGCUGUGUGAGCGGAGGGAGGGCGAGCACGACGCCAGCCGACGCCUCAAGACCGAGUUCCUCGUCGAGUUUGACGGAGUCCAGUCAGGAGGAGACGAGCGCGUGCUGGUGAUGGGAGCCACCAACAGGCCUCAGGAGCUGGACGAGGCUGUUCUCAGGCGCUUCGCUAAACGUGUGUAUGUAGCUCUGCCAGCCGAGGAGACUCGCUUCAAGCUGCUGAAGAACCUGUUGGAGAAACACGGAAACCCGCUGAGUCACAGAGAGCUCAGCCAGCUGGCCAGAAUGACAGAGGGCUACUCGGGCAGUGACCUCACCUCUCUGGCUAAAGACGCCUCCCUGGGACCAAUCAGAGAGUUGCAUCCGGAACAAGUGAGGAACGUGGAGGCCAGUGAGGUGAGUUCACCGGCUGGUGAUCGACCGAUCGCUGAUCAGGUCCGAAACAUUUGUUUCAGAGACUUCGUGGAGUCUCUGAAGAAGAUCAAGAGCAGCGUCGGUCCACAGACUCUGGAGCUCUACGUCCGCUGGAACAGAGACUACGGAGACACGACGGCCGUCUGAGCCGCAGACCAACAGACAAACCUCGAGUUUAAUCAGCAGAGUGUUAGCACCGUCUCAUGUCUCUGGUUCCUCACCUGGACUCUGAUGUCCAAAGAUCUUCUUUUAAAUAACUGAACUGUUUGUAGUGAUUCAGUGUUUUGGUACGACUCG